GUUAUUAAGAUGAAGGACCAGGAAUGCGCCUAUAGGCAGCUCAGACAAAGAAGAAGCUGAUGUUAUAGUAUUUAAUACCAGUGAGUACACAGCUAUAAGUCCAUCCUCCGAGCCAUGUCUCUCCAACAGAAGCGGGUGUGGAGGUACGUGCAGGAGGGCAGUCUGCUGAAGCUGAAGUCGUACCUGCGGAAGCACCGGGACCUGGAUGUGAACUUCUCCCAGGGAAAGAGGGAGAGGAGCCCGCUGCAGCUCGCCUGCUGCCGGGGAGAGAACGCUGUGCUGCGGCUGCUGCUCAAACACGGAGCCGAUGUUCUCCAGAAGGACCGUAAAGGAGACACAGCGUUACACACGGCCGUCAGUGAGGUGUUUAAAUGCGGGAGGAGAGCGUACACAGACCUGGUGGUGCCUCUGAGAAACAGCUGUCCAGAUGCUUUGAAUGCUCCCAACAGCGCGGGAGUCACACCUAAAGAAAUGCUCAAGAUGUGGAAGAAACAUUCAAAGACUACAGAGAACCUGAGAUCUCUGACUGAAGAGCUUGAGAAGAUAAAUAAGAAGUUUGUGGAGCUCUCUAAAGCAUUUGAUGCAAUAGAUGGUCUUCCUGAUGAUGAUGAUGAUGAUGAUGAUGAAGACUUUAAGGACUGGGCUGAACGUAUCAGAAAUGAGUAUUUCGAUAAAAUGCGAAAUGCCACAGGUGGAACGCCAUCGUCUUCUGGAUGGAGAAGCUGGAAGAGCAACCAGGAGAGAGAUCAUCUGAAGGCACGUAGAGAGGAAGAGGCUCGGCAGGGUGAGAAGCGCAGGUACGACGAAGGCUGCGCGGCUACUUUUAAUGCUGACUCUUCAUCUGUCAGCACAAAGCUGAGCUACAGCGACAUCCCCUGGCCGGCUCCUGGAGGCACAGUGCAGGAGAUGGUAGACGUGAUGCUGCACGGCGUGGACCGAAAGGACCUGCCGCUCUUCCGUAAGAUGCUCCGGAAGCAGCAGGCGCUGUGGCAUCCCGAUAAGUUUGCUCAGCGCUGUGAAGCUCGAUUAGAGGAGAAGGACAAGACACAGAUCCUGGAUACGGUCACGGCUCUGUCGCAGGAGCUCAACAGACUGGCCCAGAGCCUGAGGGAUUUAAAGAUAUAAUGUGUAACAUGUUCAAAGGGUCUGAAAUGACCUUUGUUGGGUACUUGUGUCGCCCCAAAUGUUCAAACCCGAAGAACAAAAUGUAUCAUUCAUGUAUGUUUUUCUGUAAUAGUAUAGUUUUGCAUACAUUACUAUGAUCCAAUGUACUGUUUUCCUUUACUUUUAAGUCCACCUAACAUAGUGACUGAAGGCUGUGAGGGCAAAUUCCCUUCAUCUGACUAUAUGUGUUGACCUUUGCCCCCUUUUUAGUGACCAUUUCCUGACCAGAGCUGUGGUUAUCUCACAAAUUGUAAAAUCCUACAAGACACAGAAACACUUUUCUGUUCUCAGAAGAAAGUCGUGUACGUCACCAAGUCGACAUAUGUUAUGUUCAGGAGAGAAUUACUCUCUUUACCAUCGGAUGUUACAAACUAUAACAGCUAACAGCUCCUUCCUGUCAGCUGAAAUAGACUUUUGUGAUUCUUCUGAACUCUGAACUCUGUUUGUUGUAUUAAUCAUUUACUUCACACGCUUCAUUUGGUCCCCUGUCAGUGGCAUCAUAUCCCCUCUAGUCCUGGUUGCUUCUUUAACUUCUGGACAAACACAAGAUGAAUCAGAGUGAGGGAGGAAGUCAGCAAACGUGACUAAACAUAAGACGAGUUAAAUAUAAAUACAUGACCUCGUCUGUGAACAUGAUUUCUGUUUGAGUCACCAGUCAGAUAGAUUUCAGAAAUGAUGGUUGUUGAAUUGUUUGAUGUGGUAAACAUUACAUACUGUGCCUUUAAGAUUUAGUCAAUUAUAUCAUAUUAUGUGCUUUUCUGUGAAUAUGUGAAUGUAAAAACAAGAUAUAAGGUUGAUACUUCAUCAGGUGAAAUUCAUACAUGCAAACAGCAGCAGUGCCAUCUAUGUAAAUGUAAAAAUAAAAACAAAUAAGAGGGCAGCAGCAGCACCUCUUUGCAUGCAUUCAAAUGAAGAUGAAUGAACUCUUCCAAAUGUAAAAGCAGAAAAAAAUCAGUCUGAGCUCUUCCUUAAAAACCUUGCAGUAUGUUUAGAAAUAAUCAAAAGAUGAAGUUAUAUAUAUAUAUAUAUAUAUAUAUAUAUAUAUAUAUUAUAUAACGGGAUACAGCCAUGAAGCGACGACAUUUUUUAUCCAAAAGGUCAACUUCACUGUGACAAUGUCCAUUUCUCAACAGUAUUACUCAGCAACAGAAGAUAUAAUUUAAGAAUGAAUUGGCAGAUUUCACAAACAUGUUGACUGACCAUUAAUAAACAAUAACAAUAACACAGUACAGGCUUUCAUCUUUCCAUCUCAUCCAUUCUUUUGGAUUUUGUAAAUCAUGUGAGUGUACUUAGCUAAUCGUGAUCCUGUGAGUGAGUUUAAAAUACAAAAAUAAAUCUGUUUAGAACCCAAAAGUUUGUUCCCAGCUAGAAGAAAUAAAUAGCAGGUUAACCUUGGAAACCAAA